AUAAUCAUCCCAAUCCCAAAUCUUGUUAAUUCAGUUUGGAAAUCACACGUUUUUUUAACAGCAUCUCACCAUGUCCACGAAAUCUUUUCCCGCCGAAUUUACAGUUCAUUACACGGAGAAACGGCAGCUCAGGGUAACAACUGGCGGCAUUAUUACAUCUUUAGGAAGAUUUAUUUUCUAUUUAUUGCUCCCUCGAUUCUCUUUGUAUUCCCACUUCAUAAGUUCACAGAUUGGUUCAAAGUUCAGACCUUUUGGGUUGUCUGAGUUUCUGGAGGAGAAAAGAUGAAAUUCGAUCAUGAAAUUCAGCCUCAGGACGAGGUGGCUGCGGCCAAACAGAAGAAAAUCGACGAAUGGCUUCCUAUCACGUCUUCCCGGAAUGCGAAAUGGUGGUACUCUGCUUUCCACAAUGUCACAGCCAUGGUGGGAGCUGGGGUGCUCAGUCUUCCUUAUGCCAUGGCUCAUAUGGGAUGGGGUCCUGGAGUGGUUAUACUGAUUUUGUCAUGGAUCAUCACCUUGUACACUUUAUGGCAAAUGGUGGAAAUGCAUGAGAUGGUGCCCGGGAGGCGGUUUGAUAGGUACCAUGAGCUAGGGCAGUAUGCCUUCGGUGAAAAGCUCGGCCUGUGGAUCGUGGUGCCCCAGCAGCUGGUUGUGGAAGUUGGCGUUGAUAUUGUCUACAUGGUCACGGGAGGGAAAUCAUUGAAGAAGUUUCAUGACACAGUUUGUCCUAACUGCAAAGACAUCAGACUCUCAUACUUCAUUGUGAUCUUUGCUUCUGUCCACUUUUUCCUCUCCCAUCUCCCCAACUUCAAUUCCAUAACCAUUGUCUCUCUCGCAGCUGCAGUCAUGUCCUUGAGUUACUCUACCAUUGCAUGGACAGCUUCUGUUGCUAAAGGGGUGCAACCAGAUGUGGACUAUUCAUACAGUGCUUCCACAAGAUCUGGAGCUGUCUUCAAUUUCCUUAGUGCAUUGGGUGAUGUAGCCUUUGCUUAUGCUGGGCACAAUGUGGUUCUGGAGAUCCAGGCAACAAUUCCCUCAACUCCUGAGAAACCUUCCAAGAUACCCAUGUGGAAAGGUGUUAUCGUUGCAUAUAUUGUGGUUGCAUUAUGCUAUUUCCCUGUUGCUCUGAUUGGAUAUUGGUUUUUCGGAAACUCUGUGGAUGACAACAUCCUCAUCACAUUGGAGAAACCCGCUUGGCUCAUCGCAACAGCUAACAUGUUUGUUGUUGUCCAUGUCAUUGGAAGCUAUCAGAUUUAUGCUAUGCCAGUUUUUGACAUGAUAGAGAGUGUGCUGGUAAAGAGACUGAAUUUCACACCUUGCUUCAGGCUUCGCUUGAUUAGCCGCACUCUAUAUGUUGCAUUUACAAUGAUUGUUGGUAUAUGCAUCCCAUUCUUUGGAGGUCUGCUUGGCUUCUUUGGAGGAUUUGCCUUUGCCCCAACAACAUACUUUCUCCCCUGCAUCAUGUGGCUUGCCAUCUACAAACCCAAAAGAUACAGCUUAUCUUGGAUAAUCAACUGGACAUGCAUCGUUCUUGGUGUUCUGUUGGUGAUUCUGGCUCCCAUUGGUGCAUUAAGGUCGAUCAUCAUAUCAGCUAAAAGCUACAAGUUCUUCUCCUGAAUUGCAUAAGGCGCACCAAGAUGUAGUUGUUCUUGUGAAUUAUCUUUCCAAAUGCCAGCAAUAUUUGGAAGAACAAAGCAAAAGUCACAUAAAGUUUUAUGGAGUCUGCCUGCGAACGGAGUUUGGUUACGUAUCUUGUUGCUUUAGCUUGUAGAGUCGCUGCUAUAGCUUUCGUAUGUCUUCAGCAUUGUUGAAUGAAUCUUUUUCUUAGGU